UCCUCUUUUCCGCAACACGACGUCGUUUUCGGAUUCUCCUUAAUCGGCGACCUAAAUCGAUUUCUCACAGUGACGAAGACAGUCUCAGAUUCUUCUAGACGAAACCACACUCUUCUUCUUCUUCUCCAUUCUCUCUUUUUUAUUUCUCCGUUGUUUCAACGCAACUCUCUCGUUCUCGUCUCCGAUCGUGUAACUUAAACAAACACCGUUUCUCCGGCGAAAAAAACUCUCUGUUACUAACAAACUCUCUCUAAACAAGCUUACGAAACCUAACAAUGGCGGAUCAAGCUAUGACGGAACAGGAUCAAGGAGCUGUUACUCUCUACAGCGGCACUGCCAUUACCGACGCUAAAAAAAACCAUCCCUUCUCUGUUAAAGUUGGAUUAGCUCAAGUACUCCGCGGCGGCGCCAUUGUCGAGGUUUCUUCUGUUAACCAAGCUAAGAUCGCUGAAUCCGCCGGCGCAUGUUCUGUCAUCGUCUCGGAUCCGGUUCGAUCUCGCGCUGGUGUUCGUCGUAUGCCGGAUCCUGUUCUCGUCAAAGAGGUGAAACGAGCUGUCUCUGUUCCGGUGAUGGCGCGAGCUCGCGUCGGUCAUUUCGUCGAGGCUCAGAUCUUGGAGUCUCUUGCGGUUGACUACAUUGACGAGAGCGAGGUUAUCUCUGUAGCGGAUGAUGAUCAUUUCAUCAACAAACAUAACUUCCGAUCUCCCUUCAUUUGUGGUUGCCGUGAUACAGGUGAAGCUUUGAGGAGAAUCAGGGAAGGUGCUGCUAUGAUCAGGAUCCAAGGUGAUUUAAACGGAACAGGUAACAUUUCGCGGACUGUGAAGAACGUUAGGUCGUUGAUGGGUGAAGUUAGGGUUCUGAACAAUAUGGAUGAUGAUGAGGUGUUCACUUUUGCUAAGAAGAUUUCGGCGCCGUAUGAUCUUGUUGCUCAGACUAAGCAGAUGGGUAGGGUUCCUGUUGUUCAGUUUGCUUCAGGUGGGAUCACGACUCCUGCUGAUGCGGCUCUGAUGAUGCAGCUUGGUUGUGAUGGGGUUUUCGUUGGUUCUGAGGUUUUUGAUGGUCCAGAUCCGUUUAAGAAGCUUAGGAGUAUUGUUCAAGCUGUUCAGCAUUACAAUGAUCCUCAUGUGUUGGCUGAGAUGAGUUCUGGAUUGGAGAAUGCGAUGGAAAACUUAAGUGUUCGUGGUGACAGGAUUCAAGAUUUUAGCCAAGGAAGUGUUUGAUGGGAAGGAAUGUUCAAGUUGCAAAACUUUUUGGGACUUCAAAAGUUGUAAUCUUUUUGUUUUGGUGGUUGGAUUCUCAAAAUAUCGGUUGUGGUUUUUGUUAAUGCUCGUGCAAAUGAUCCUUUUUUUUUUUUUGUGCUUGAUCGAAGCUUGGAACAACUAAAAAACCCUAAUGAAAGUUGCAGAAUUUUGAAGAAA